CAGCGGCUCAGCAACGGAAGGACGUCUCUGCAGUACUCUUCUCCCAGCCAGACCAUCCCUUCGGCGCCGCAGAGGCCUCAACUUCGAAAUCAGCACCUACUGGUCAAACCUGCGGCAGCAAGCAUGCCCCGCUACAAGCUCAGGGACGCCAACGGCGCGACGCGAGUAUUAACAUUAGACGAGCAGGCCUCCUACGCCGACUUGGUCGCCUCGUGCGGCGGCGCGGGCUACACGCUCAAGGCGGGCCGGCCGCCCACAACACUCACAUGCACCACACCAGCAACAACACCAGCCGCCGACAUCGUGCCGAGCGGGUCGCUCAUCACGGCCGAGAAACCGGUCGUCCCGCGCCUCAACAUCCCCGAGGCGCCGCCGCCGCCGCCCGAAGCGAAUGCCUUCGAGGCGCCCGCGCCGCCGGCGCUCGAGACGCCGCGCGACGCUAUCUAUCCGCAAACGGCGCCAAAGGCCCCCCAGGCGCAGUGGACCUGCCAGACGUGCACCUUCAUCAACGUGGAAGGGUGCUACGAGAGUGUCGGCGGGACAGCUUUAUGUAGCGUCUGCGGCACGCCCCAGUUAAACGACGUGCGCGAGGCGCCGGCGCCGCCGUCGCCGACGCGAGGGACGGCGUCACGGCGCGCCGUCGAUGCCGACGGCAAUUGCUUAUUUGUCGCCCUGGCUUACUUGCUGCGGGGCGAGCGGCCCGAUCCUACAAUGGCAAAAGCCGCGGCACAAAAGAUGCGCGCCGUCUGCGCUUCAGUAGUCGCGGCCGACCCCGUGAACUACCCGGACGCGGCGUUGGAGAAGCCGCGGAGCGAGUACGGGACCUGGAUCCGGACCGAGGACGUCUGGGGCGGCGCGCUCGAGCUGUCGAUUCUGUCGAAAUGCGGCGGCGACGUCGUCGAGAACGGUGCUUCGUUCGACGACGUCGUGCUGCACUGCGUCGACAUCCGGACGGGCGUCGCGCAGCGCUACGGCGAGGGCCGGGGGCGCGUCUGCUUCUUGCUCUUUGACGGGGUGCACUACGACCCGGUGGUGUUGGCGCCGGCUCCCAACGCGGGCGAGUCGCCGGCGGACAUCACCUUAGCCGCGGCGGACGACAUGAUAGCAUUAAAUGCCGUCGAGGCCCUCGCGACUUCCGAGCGCGCCGCACGCAACUUCACGGACACGUCGUCCUUCGCCUUGCAGUGUCUCGUGUGCGGUGCCGGGUUGAAGGGCAACGCGGACGCGGAGCGCCAUGCUGCAGAAACGGGGCACCAGAACUUCGCGCAGACGGGGCACUGAGCUUAUCGGGGUGACUUAGUAGCAC